CACGCGACACCACAGCAUUGCCAUGCACCACGUCGAUCUUCUAACAUCUUAGCAUCAGAUACGCAAUAUUAGUCUAUGCUUGUUGGGUCCAGACUAGCUACGCGGAUGAAUCGACCCCACGCGGACCCUGCCAUUACGCCAUAGCAUCCCCAGUAUGUCGAAUCGCGCUACGCUUCCCACUAUGCAGCAACCACUUGCCACUGGCGUGUUGAACGCCAUGCCGGCAAGCAAAAGCCGUAGACAGUCUCAGCGAUGGCGAAGAGGGCUUGUGUUGCUUGCUCGAUAAAGCCCAGGCUUUCGCCAAUACUCUUACUCUAGAGACACGCUUCAUACCGAUAGCCCACGAACAUGGGUCAACCUCAAGACGUCUCGACGGAAGUCAACCCUGCAAUAACCGUCAUUCAGUCUGACGAAGAGCUGAAAGCGAAGCCGCACAAGUGGUAUUACUACCUUUGGGAUACCUUGGACAAGCCGAAAGAAGAACGAUGGUUCAUGUUCAAGCUCGACGCUGCUUUGCUCACUUUUGCGUCUUUGGGGUACUUUAUUAAGUACCUCGAUCAGUCGAACAUCAACAGCGCCUUCGUAUCUGGAAUGAAGGAGGAUCUUGGGCUUUACGGCAACCAGCUCAACUACAUGCAAACUUGCUGGACUGUUGGCUAUGUCAUCGGCGAAUUACCCAGCAACAUUAUCCUAACCCGAGUGCGCCCAUCAAUUUGGAUACCAGCUAUGGAGCUUACAUGGGCCGUCUUGACAUUCUGUCUUUGCCGCGCCAAUAAUGCAGAAACCAUCUACGCCUUGCGCUUUCUUAUUGGUCUUGCUGAAAGUACGUUCUACCCAGGCAUGCAAUACAUCAUCGGAUCCUGGUAUCGAAGGGAAGAACUCGCCAAAAGAUCUUGUAUCUUCCACACCAGCGGCGCCAUCGCAACCAUGUUCUCUGGUUACCUGAUGGCUGGUGUAUACAAGCUCGACGGACGCGGCGGCUUCAAGGGAUGGCAGUGGCUUUUCAUUAUCGAUGGCGUCAUCUCCUUGCCCAUCGCACUGCUUGGCUUCUUCGCACUGCCUGAUCUUCCCGAAAUCUCCAAGCCCUUCUAUUUGACAAAGGAUGAAGUCGCAUUCGCCCAGAAGCGCAUGGAGCUCGAAGGCCGGCAAAAGCGGAAGCCAUAUACCAGAGCUAAGGUCAAGAAGAUCUUUACGUCGUGGCACAUCUGGGCUCUCGUUCCACUCUAUGUAUUCUUCAACAACGGUACCUCGGGUGGGCAACCGGUAUUCCAGCAAUUCCUCAAAGCCAGCAAGGAUCCAAAGUAUACCGUCAGCGAGAUCAACACGUACCCAACUACCACCAAUGCAGUACAAGUCGUUACUACACUCUUGUAUGCAUGGACGAGCGAUAGUAUCCUCAAAGGAUCCAGAUGGCAACCGAUCGUCUUCGGCGGAUGCAUGAACAUCAUAUGCUCUACCAGUCUUGCGAUUUGGGAUAUCCCCAUCAAGUGGAAGUGGGCUUGCUACAUUCUCUCCGGAUUCGGCGGUGGUCUUUCCGGCUUAUGCUUUGCAUGGGCUCAUGAGAUCUGCACACACGACAACGAGGAACGAGCCAUUGUGGUGGCAGCUAUGAAUGAGAUGGCUUAUGUGCUACAGGCAUGGUUACCACUCCUGGUCUGGAAGCAGGUCGAGGCACCUCAGUAUCGCAAGGGUUUCAUCACGGUCACAUUCUUGAGCGCUGCGCUGAUUGCCACUGCGCUUAUAAUCCGGCUACUGCACGCGAGAGAGGUGGCCAAGAGACAGAAUGCACAGACAGUUGAUCACGAUGAGCGAACUAGCUCUGACGAGGAAAGAUCCGGUGUGGGUAGCGAUGCUGAUCUUGAUCAAAUCAAGGCGACCUGAUCGUUGUCAUAGCUCAAGAUCUGGUAUUGAAUGAUCGGAGCAUUGUGGUUACAGUGUUUCUGUAAAUAGUAUCACACUACGUGGGGUCGCAGGAUCGAAUGUUCAUACGCGCGUUUUUCGAUGGUUAAUGCAAUGCGAUAUCAGGCUUGAAUCCAACGCGUUUACCGUCCAAGGAAGAGUCUCUCG